UUGAAAUUUCCUAUUGCCCUUUUCUUGAAUCCUUUCUGUAAAUCCUUUUUCAAAACCACCUGUCAAUUCAUCUUCUUCUUCUUCAAAAAUCUCAUCAAUUUCAAGCUUCUUUACCCCAAUAGAGUGCGAUUCUUGUUUCAUUGUAUGGCAUAUGUCAUCGACCAUAAUAAUCCCACCGGCAGACCUGUUCUUGUUCCCAAUUACUCAUCACUCAACCUCAUAAACCCUAAUUUUCUUCACAAUCCUCAUCAUUUUCACAAUCAAGUGUUGGUUCCUGUUCAAUUCGCUUUGAAUCCAGCCCUCGUUGCUCAGAUUGAACUCGACAGAUCAAUCUCUCUUCAACAGUUUAUGAAUGAUGAGGGUUUGGUGCCUUCUAGAGAAGAAGAACAGAGGAGGUACAAUGUUAUUCGAAAGCUUAAAGAGAUAGUGAUCAAGUGGAUUAAGAGAGUUGCUUACCUACGUAGGCUGCCACAAGAUCAUGUUAGAGUUGCCUCAGCAACUAUAUUAACAUACGGAUCAUACGGUCUUGGUGUGCAUAAUGCGGAAUCUGAUAUUGAUGCUCUGUGUGUUGGCCCUUGGUUUGCGUCUUUGACGGAGGACUUUUUCAUAGUUCUACACGACAUUCUUGCAAAAAGGGUAGAAGUGUCGGAUAUCCAGUGUGUUAAAGAUGCAAAGGUUCCUUUAAUGAGGUUUAAGUUUGAAGGAAUUUCAGUCGACUUGCCUUAUGCUCAACUUCAAGUAACAACCGUUCCCGAGAAUGUUGACAUACUCAACCCGUUAUUCUUAAACGGGAUUGAUGAAACAAGUUGGAAGAGUUUAUCUGGUGUACGUGCAAAUAAUAGCAUCUUGCAGCUCGUUCCGGACGUUAAAAUAUUCCAGCAAUUACUGCGUUGCGUUAAAUUAUGGGCAAAAAGGAGAGGUCUGUACGGUAACUUAUUUGGGUUGUUAGGCGGUGUCCAUCUGGCGGUUUUAACGGCUUUUGUUUGUCAAAGGAAUCCUAACGUGAGCUUGGCUGGGCUCGUUUCAAUCUUCUUUAAGACAUUUGCUUUAUGGCCAUGGCCUGCACCAGUACUUCUACAACAAGGAAUAAUGAUGCCACGUCAUCACUCUGAAACACGAUCGUUAAUGCGUAUUCAGCUUCCUAGCAGUCCACAUGAGUAUUGCCAUUCAAACGUCACCACUAGCACUUUCAUGAAAAUCAGCACAGAGUUUCGCAGAGGCUAUCGUCAUACUCAGGAUCUCUUGAAGUCACAAUUCGAUUGGAGAAAGCUUUUUGAACCGUAUCCGUACUCGAAGAUUUACCAACACUUUCUAAAGAUACGCCUUUCGACUUCAAAUGAAAGUGAGUUAGGUGAUUGGAUAGGCUGGGUCAAAUCACGGUUUCGUGGUCUUUUAGUUAAGCUUGAGGAGGUGCAUGUUUUCUAUGACCCGAACCCUACUGAAUACUUUGAUACAACAAUACAAGAUCCGAAUGUUGUUUUUUACUGGGGGCUAGUCCUCGGAAAGAACAAGUCAAUUAAUCUAGAUUCAAUACAAGAUGGAUUCAAAAAGAAUCUCGAUAUGGGUCCCAAAAGCCUAACUGGAAAUAUCACCCUAUCGAUUAUUCAAUCGUCUCAAUUACCCAAGAACAUGCAACUUGUUGAUACACAGCCCAUGGUAUCAAACCCUGGCCAAAUGGUGCCCAUGUACUCGAAUCCCGUACCUCACGGUUUUGUUGGGUAUUCUGGACCCGUGCAUCCAGGUUUUGGGCCUAUGAACUAAAGAUGUUUUUUUUAUGUUUGUGCAUAGAGGAGAAUACACAAAUUUCACAGUUUGUCUUUUUUUUUUUCUUUUUGUUGGAAGUUUUGACUGGAAAUAGAUAACAGAGUUUGAAAGGAUUGGAGAGAGUGAGAUUGUACAUUGUUGUAGAUGGGACAAAAGGGUGAUAGUUUUCAUGGAUACCCUUCAAAUGUUGUUAUGAGAUAUGACAUUGGUUUAAUUGUAUAUUUUCCUUUCAUUA